AUGGAAGAGAUCGUGCCGUUAGGAACGAACCAAGAUGCUUCUGAAGGGAAUGGAAAGGGCGGACCAGGGAGCGUCCAUGAAGUGGAGGACAUACAGCGUCACCUUGCAUUUACGGAAACCAUGAAUGCAAACAUGGAACGAAGUAGGCCGCGAGCCUUGCACACUAGCCAUGAGCGAAACCAUCAUGACGACGACGAUGAUGACGACGACUGGGAAGGAUCAGGGUUGUUCUACUUCAAGUACAAAAACCGCGGAGCUCUCGGCGGCUCCGUCCUCGUCCCCAGGACAUGGUGGGCCACCGUCCUAGACUUUGCUGGUGCCUUCAAGCUCCUCCUACAGCUCAUCAUGAUCCCUGACGCUCUUUCUGCUGUUCUGAUCUCUGUGGCAAGCGUGCUGCUGUAUGACAGGUACGGUUCGAAGUUCAGCGCGAACAUGAACUGGGUAGCAGUGAGUAUCAUGCUGGUGUUUCCGAUCUCGAACAGCAUCACCAACGCCUUCAAGCGCAGAGAGCAGGCGAUCGCAGAGCUCUGCAACUUUCGAGCACAAGUCAUCAAUGUUUUCUUAGGACACGCGGUGUGGGAUUGGCCUUCUGCUACAGGAUGGUACGGGAGGGACGAGCUCAGUACAGCUCCUCCUGCUCCCCCAGGUCAGUCUGACAGGAGGAUCAAGGCCAAGGGGCUGGUUGAGCUCAAUCGCAACCACCAAGCGCGGGUCAAGACCCUCCUGCUCGCCAUCGUGGACUCGUUGGAGGAGCUGCUGCUGGUGCCGCGGCGGGGGAGGAUGCGGCACAUGAACGGGUGCUGCGGGACGACGGAGAAGGAUCUGGUAGAGAAGGCAGAGAAUCAUGGGAGGGACAUCGUGAUCCGUCUCAUCGGGCAGCUGCUCCGAGCGACUGAGGAUCUCAAGGCUGCCGGCAUGCCACCGAAUGAGGCGAUCCGAAUGAAUCAGUACGUCAUGUUCCUCAACAAGUCCUUCGAGAACCUCUGGGCCUUCAAAGUCUACAGAACUUCCGCCUCCCUCCGCGCCCUCAGCCUCAUCACGACGCAGAUCAUGCCGAUGUUCUACGGGCCCUACUUCCUGCACAUCGCGCGAGGAGAGGGGAGCGAGAACAACGUGGGCUUUGCCUGCGCGUUUGCGAGCUUGAUCUCGAAACUUCGCAAUGGACCACAAGUGCAGUGUCGAUCUACUGGCAUCGGUAGCUUCAGCACUGAUCGUGCGCUUUUGGGUACUUUUGGAGGCAACAACAGACAAGAUUAG